AUGGAGCUGGUGAAUGUCAGAAAAUCUUCACUUGAUGCUGAAGUUUUCAAACUGGCUUCUUGUGGGCCAGCAAUUAUGGAUGCGAAUGCUACUCCUUCCAAUGGUUGCUUCGUUAGGGUGAAGAAACUGUGCCAUAACCCUAGCUGCCUCUCUGCUCUUAUGCUUUCCAACUCCGCUAAAAGUGCUAGAAUCAAGCCUGAAAUUGCCAUGACCAUUUCUAAGAGCUGCAACAUUGCUGACCGUCCUGUUGGUUACAAGUGUGGAGGAAGAUUAGCACGUGAGGAGGGAGCGGGGAUUUCUGUUGGUCACCCAUUGGAGACAGUGAGAUUUUUCUUCUCCGUCAGGGUAUAUUGUGAUGAUGUGAUCACAAUCUGUGAAUACGGCCCACAGCUAGUGUUUCGUUACAAUGGCCCCAAAAGUUUAAGCAACCGGUGGUUCCAUUGCUACCGUGAUUGCUUAAAUUUGACGAAUUGGCCUAAAAGUUCGAAUUUAAUACUCCUUGUCCAGCUUACUCCAGGUUAA